AUGACCAUCUUCGUCACUGGGUCGCGCGGCAUCACCGCCAGGCGCCUCACAGCGUUGCUGCAUCCACAAUACACAGUUUUGGUGGGAGCACGAUCUUCCCACAACGAUCCAACCCUUCCACCGAGUGUCGCAUUCAAUUGGAAGGACGAGACUACAUUUGAAAAUCCAUUUUCACACCCGCUGGCCAAAGAGAGUCCCAUCUCUGCCGUAUACAUUGUUGCACCGACCGGUGAAGAAUCGGUGCUGGCUGGCGAGCUCGCGUUUAUUGAGUUUGCAGCCAAGCGUGGCGUGACUAGAUUCGUGCUUCUGGGCUCUAGCAUGAUACCGGAGGGAGGACCGUUCAUGGGCCAAGUGCACGCAAAACUACGAACGCUAGGUGUGGAAUGGGCGGUGCUACGGCCGUCGUGGUUCAUGGAAAAUUUCUCUGAACAACAACAUACUGCGACUAUUCGGGACGAAGACAAAAUCUACACAGCUACGGAGAACGGCAAGAUACCGUUCUGCUCGGCCGAUGAUAUUGCGGCACUAGCGUUCCAUGCCUUGACAGUGAAGGAAGCGCCUAACCGGGAGAUCUUUGUUCUCGGGCCACAGCUUUUGAGCUAUGACGAUGUCUCGGAAGCUUUGACCAGAGCGCUGGGAAGAACAAUUACACAUGAAAAACUCAGUGCAGAUGCUUUUGCCCAGCGAUUGAUGGAGUUUGGUAUUCCUGAACCAGGAGCACGAGGGUUGGCUGGAAUGGAUAUUGCUAUCAGCCAAGGCGCAGAGGAACGGGAAAACGAUGAUGUCUUCCAAAUACUGGGUAGACAGCCAAAACCUCUUUCAGAGUUUAUAGAAGAGAAUCUGGAUGUAUGGAGAAAGUAGAUUUAAGAGCUUCUUCAUUUCAAUAUUAUCAAUGAAUGAAUAUCCGCUACCUAAAAAAAAGAAUCGACAUGAAAAACCGCUUGCUCGACAAGACCGUCGUGAUCUUUGAUGAUAUUUUACAGGCUAUUACGGUGGAAAACAGGCCCGUAAUGGCCGCAGCAGUGUACACCAAGGUAAUCAUUACUCUUCUAGAACGCGUCGAAUAUCUCCUUGUAGUAACCCCUCAGACAAUCGUCAUGUCGUGCUCCAAGUUCGUGCUUUAGCUGCGCCUCAACCCCCCAAAAAAAAAUAAAGUUCCCUGUCUCGGUUAACAGAAACCGGCACUCCUCCGCACAAAAAGUUCACUAGUUCUCCAAUACCCGCUUUUCUGCUAUCCUACAAGGAAGGUGUUGUGGUAUUGUUCUACUAUUCAUGGUUAGCUUCGCGGUAUAUUUCUCCGCCUGACUCGCACAAGUCCAUUGCAUGAGACGAGCGGGUGCAGCAACCAGGUUUAGGCUUCUCCACGAGGUAUUUACAGGGGAUGUACAGUGGUUGCCCGAAAAAGGAAAUAAACAACACAGCAUUGCUCCGAGGGGACUUUUGGGGAAAUAAAAUCAGAAGGUAAGUCAGUUGACUCACAACAAAGCCUCAAUACGGCACAUUCAUUGCGCCUCUCCAACGGAGCCAAUCGCCAAGCGAGCAAAAAGGAACGAAUCGCGUAGCCAAGAG